AUGCCGGCCUUGACCCGCCCGAUGGCCGGGGCCCGCAGCGGCACGUGGACGCCGUCUUCCGAGCCUCGGUGGAGAGGAGCAACCUGUCCUACCGGCCUGGCAUGCGAGAUCACUACCCGAAACACAGUGACAGGCCACCUGCCACGGCCGCCUAAGACGAUUGUGCUGCUGUUUAUGGACGUAGCCAGCGCGACGGUGGUGGCUGACGGCCUCGGCCGCGUGCUGGUGUGCGCCGCCCAUCACUACAAGGGCGACCGGCGUCGGCAAGACGCGGUCCGCCAGGCCCUGCAGGAGUACGAGGAUGCGCCAGAUGCCUACGCGACCGCGACUGCGACGGCGCCGGCAGGCAGGGUGGCGCCGGAGAUGGCGGCAGCGUGGCGGCUUGAGGACGUGCCAUGCCUUGUUGGGACGAGUGUGAUUGGCGAGUCGCAGGACGUCGGCGCCGACGCCGUCAUCUGCGUGCAGGGCUUCCCCAUUGGCGCGACGACGCUUGACCAGGGCUUUGGCCGUGGCGCAAGGGACGGGAGGCCCGGCACGGCGACAUGCUUCUAUAAGCAGGGCGAUGCCGAUGACGCAUUGAUUGCCCCAGCGCGCCACGCCGGUGCGGACGUCACAGCUGACGAGGUAGGCAUGGCGGAGACCCGGGAGAGUAAGGCAGUAGUGGCCCAGUUCCUGUCGACGUCGCAGUGUCGAAGGGUGCCGCUGGCGACAUACUUCAACUGGGCCAGCCGUCGCACGAGGUGCGACAGCCUGACGGGUGACCUGCUGUGCGAUCUCUGCGAGGACAGGAAAAACGACGGAGCCGCGGCAGACACCACUGACGCAGAAGGAGCAGGGCGUGCAACGCCUGCCCGGCCCACUGUCCACCGGGCGCCGCCAACUCCGCCUGCCGACCCCGCCGGGCCAAGACGGAAACUGCCGGCCGGGUGGCAGCAGACGGGCGGUGGGGCCGACCGGCGAAAACGCGUGAGACGGCUGGACAGAGAUGACGCGGCAGCGCGGCCCAAGAAGGCGCCGCCGCAGACCAUGACGCCCUCACAGGAGGCACACCGCCAUCAUCGGCUACCAGGAGACGAGACUUCAGCCAGAGGACCUCGCAGCCACACCCUUGCACCGGCGUCGUCUCGAGCGGUUCGCAAACCAGAGAGCGCUACUCUACAGGUAGAUUAUGGUAAGCCUGGAGUUAAGGACUACGAUGCCUUCCGGCUAGGCUCUGCUAGGAGGCGACAGCUACUGCAUAACAAGGGGGAAAAACAGCAACGCGCGAUGGAUCCCAUCAAUAGUUCAGACGACGAGCAUGCAGGGCUCGCAAGUCAGGCUGACCAACGAGAGACCUUUAACGAAGACGGCCUAGGGGUAACUGGACGCACUGGGCGCGCCAUUGGUGCAUCGAUUAUAGAGGAGGAGGUGUAUGAGAUUAUGAGAGAGGGGGGGCUUGGGAGUCAAGGCAAUCCUCCUUGGGAUGCUACUGAAGAGCCUGAUAAUGGCGACGGCAAUGACGACAACGAUGACGACGACGACGAUGACAACAACAAUGACGACGACGACAACAUAGUGUACAGUAGGGCAAGGACACAUGCUAGGAUACGCUGCGCAGGCCCUAUGCAGCCCCUAGCUCAGGCUGCAACCGGCAGCAGCAAUCUUCGACGCAUGCAGCCGUCAAGUGAGGUUGUACAGCGCUCUGGUAGCAAGCUCCAGGCCUACAAUGACCUGCCCUACAUUGAGAUGCUGUAUGGCGAGGAGGCCUUCUGCAUUGUAUGCAGGGUCCUCCAGGGAUGCAUUGCAGACGGCCACAUGUCUGAUGAGUGCAGCUUGCUUGAGCAGGAUGUCGGCAGUGGCGUCAAGCUGAAGGGGGCGUUGCGGAAGGUGCUUGAGGCGAUGAAGGAUAAGUCGGUCAAGAUGCCGAAUGCGACCUGUUGGAAGUGCUGCAGGCCCCAACCAGGGCCGGGUGCUGAGGAUCCUCUGCCUCGGUACAUAUGCAGGGGAAUGGUGCGUGGCGCCUUUGUCUGUCGGAGUCCCGGUACGGAGUAUCACGACCGGAGCCGAGACUACAGGGGGGCGGACGGGGCGGGGAGGUACCCGUCACUAGGCGUUGCUUUUUGUCUGUUGCUGUUGCUGCAGGAUCGGAAGCGGACUGCUGGCGUGCUGCGUAUGCUAGGCGCCCCGACGUCCUUUGUCGCCUGCUUUGACGUGGGCAGUGAGGCGGCGGCGGCUGCGGCAGGGCAGACCGGUCAGUCUCUGGACUGGUGGCAGGACCCGUCUCGGCUGCGCGACGUCGUCAGGGCUCGGGUCAGGAGCGGGGAGGGCAACGAGUGGAAGGAGCUUCUUCAACGCAAGGGUCUAUGUACGCGGCGCAACUGCGAGCUCGCGCUAUUUGUCCUCUUUGUUGCGCACAGCCUCGGCUUGAGGGCGCGCGAUGGGAACAGGGUGCGACGGUGGGAGGAUGUGGUGGCAGCGAGAAACAGCUCUCCUCCGUUGUCUAGCCAGAUGCAUCAACCCGUCGUCCGCCAGCGCGAGCAGCAGGACGCCGGUCAUGAUUGGGCCUUUUGA